GUAGAAAACCCUUCCGGCCUGACAUUUCGUCGAACGCCGCCGCCGAGUCGUGCCCCAGCCACCGCAGCCAUGCUCCUCACGAAACCCCACCUCUCCAACUCGUUCCUCCCAGUCCCAUCCCCGCCGCCCUCGAGUCCCACUCUCAGCUUCAGCUCCAACCAUGCCAGGCCCCUUGCCGCCCCUAUUUGCCGGCGCAGCCGCCUCCGCAUCUCCGCCACAUCCACGGCUGCGCCGGCUCCUUCCGCGGCGGCGGCGGCCGCUGCCACCGCGGCGCUGAGCCGAGUGGACGUGCUCUCGGAGGCGCUCCCUUUCAUCCAGCGAUUCAAGGGCAAGACGGUGGUGGUCAAGUACGGCGGUGCGGCGAUGAAGUCCCCGGAGCUGCAGGCGUCCGUGAUCCGCGACCUCGUGCUCCUCUCCUGCGUCGGCCUCCGCCCCGUGCUCGUCCACGGCGGGGGCCCGGAGAUUAACUCCUGGCUGCUGCGCGUCGGCGUCGAGCCGCAGUUCCGCGACGGCCUCCGCGUCACGGACGCGCUCACCAUGGAGGUCGUCGAGAUGGUGCUCGUGGGGAAGGUCAACAAGAACCUCGUCUCCCUCAUCAACAUUGCGGGAGGCACCGCCGUUGGCCUCUGCGGCAAGGACGCGCGCCUCAUCACCGCGCGCCCGUCCCCAAACGCAGCGGCGCUGGGAUUCGUCGGCGAGGUCUCGCGCGUGGACGCCGCCGUCCUCCAUCCCAUCAUCGCCGCGGGACAUAUCCCAGUUAUCGCCACCGUGGCCGCCGACGAGACUGGGCAGGCCUAUAACAUCAAUGCCGAUACGGCGGCUGGUGAGAUAGCAGCUGCCGUGGGCGCCGAGAAGCUGCUGCUGCUCACGGAUGUGUCUGGGAUUCUGGCGGACCGUAAUGACCCUGGGAGCCUGGUGAAGGAGAUCGACAUUGCUGGGGUGCGGCAGAUGGUGGCCGACGGGAAGGUAGCUGGUGGGAUGAUACCCAAAGUGGAAUGCUGCGUUCGCGCCCUUGCACAAGGUGUACACACCGCUAGUAUCAUUGAUGGGCGUGUCCCACACUCCCUUCUGCUUGAGAUUCUCACAGACGAGGGCACAGGCACCAUGAUCACUGGCUGAGCUGCUUCGUGCCUUCAUGCCGUCCAGGUUCAUCAGCAGCAGGUGCAGUACUGCAGUGUGAUAGAUAGGACAACAGACUUGAUAUGGCACCACUUCAAAUUACUCGCGAGGAUUGGAGGCAGAACUUCGAUGGUGGAGCCCGAGGUCCCGUUGCAGGCAACAACAUUUCUUCCCUUUGCUUUCCGCAAGACCACAACCAUGGCACAGGGAACUCCACCUACAUCCAAUGGAUGGGCGAGGUGCCUUUCCGUUUGGUUUUUGAUUACUGCACUCGUGGAAACUUUGCGAAGUGCCUUUCCCGUUUGGUUUUUCAUUACUGCACUCGUGGAAACUUUCUCCCUGCUCAUAGCACAUUCGAGAAAAAGGCGGGGAACUCCACCCAUUCUCCGGUGCAUGCUGAAUCUAUUCCCCAAUCAUGCUGUCCGUUUUACUAACUUUUCCGUGUGCGAGAUUGGUGUUCCUUACAUAAUAUAGUGCUAUCUUCUGUUUGCUGUGCUUGAGCACUUGACUCAAACAAAAUGCCUGUGGUUACAGUGGUAUGAUAACCUUAAAUCUCGUCCUUUUUA